GUCCUCUGCCAAAAAGUAGGUGACUAUGAACUCAUCCCUUGCCCCUCGCAGAAAGUUUGCUCCCUCCCCUCGCCUCCCGCCCGCGGUGGCGGCAGGAGGCAGCGAGUCCCCGCUCCUGCUUAAUAUUCCGCCCGUUCCGCCGAUGUUGUGCUUGGCUCCGGUGGGACUGCAACUCACGGCUUGAAACCGGAGCCAAUUUUCUGUCUUUAGCCUCGCAGUGUUUUGACUGGAGGCAGAUCCAGUUCAGCCCGAUCGGGGCUAGUGGAAACAACUACCUAAGUCUCUCUCGCCUGGCUGUCUCGUUUGGGAGGGGAAGAAAGAAGAAAGGAACGCGAUCCCCAACUGCUGGGCGCGCUCACACACACACACACACACACACACAGAGCUUCGCACACCCGUCGGUGCGGAGCCAACCCCGCCGGCAGAACAUGGGAAGCGAGUGAGCGGAUCCGUGCCGGUGCCGCCGCCCGCGAUGACCCUGGUGCUGCCCAUGCAGCGGCUCGGCCGCCCCAUCGCCGCCGAGGGAGCCGCCGACCUCGCCGCCUACCGCGCCCUCUGGGAGCCGCCCUGCUGCGGCCCCGCCGCCCCGCCGGCCCCCGCCGGCCCCGCCGCAGGAUCACAUUACAGGGGAAUUUCAAAUCCUGUAACAACAUCCAAGAUCACAUACUUUAAAAGGAAAUAUGUGGAAGAAGAGGAUUUUCAUCCACCGCUCAGCAGUUGUACACAUAAAACAAUCUCCGUGUUUGAGGAGCGGGCCCAUAUUCUUUACAUGUCUUUGGAAAAGCUGAAAUUCAUUGAUGAUCCUGAAGUCUACUUACGGAGAUCCGUCCUCAUCAACAAUCUAAUGAAGAGAAUCCAUGGAGAAAUCAUUAUGCAGAAUAACUGGUGCUUCUCCACCUGCUCCUUCAAUGGCACCUCGCCACAAGAGUGGUUUGUGCCUCAGGACUGUCCAUACAGAAAACGCCUUCGGAUGGCAAAGGAGGAGUAUGAGAAGCUCCACACGUGCUAUUUCUAUCAAGAGUGUGGCAGUCACUAUUUAAAUCUACCCUACUCUGUUAAUACGAGUACAGAAAAUACUUCCUCCUCUUCCUCCUCCUCUCCCAUUUCUUUGCCAAGCUGUUCUCAGCAGGUGGAUUAUGACAUUGGCAGUGGCCCUUCUUAUAGGAGUGAUGACCAGAUAUCUGCUAACGAAAUAUUUGUCAGUAACACUAGGUCUCACAGUAAUCAAGAAAAGGCAAAAUUUAAUGACGACAAAGGAGGUAACGAACCUGAGCGAGAGAACAUCGCCCUAAACUGUGAACCUGUAAGAGGCACCCAUGCUCUCGAAUGUAAAGGCAAAUUUUAUGACUAUUUUGAGACUGGAUGUAAUGACAAGAGCAACGUAAGUGAAUCUUGGAAAAAAUCCUUAAGGAAAAAGGAAUCUGUACCAAGUAAUAAAAUGUGCUGCAGCAAAGGAAAUAAAAUAUGAGGCAUCUUUCUUGCUCUCUUGAAGCAUGUGCAGCAUGUUUGUUCGUCUAUCAAAUUUUUAUUUUGAAUUGAUUUUUUUAUAGUUUUCUACAAAUGAUACAAUCAUGCCACAAACAUUACAUGUAGUUUUAAAUGACUGGAGAGCGGAUUGCUUAAAGUAUCUCGAUGAUGUGCAUCAACGGGCUAUUUAUAAAUAUGGAGACUUCAUAAAGAACGCAGUUGCGUUGCUGCUUAGCACUAUAGUCUGUGCAGCUAUGGAGUAGCUUUCGUUACUGAAAAUACUGAUCAGCCAGACGGGGAAACCAUAUUGUUUUCUAUAUCCCUGCCCCCAAGAAGUCUGCCAUUAAUUAAGAAGAACCUCCAUUAUGUUUACCAAGGAAUUAGAAGUCUGGUAAACAAAUUGAUGCUGCCAGCAAGGGUGAUGUGCUCUUUGUAACUCAGUGUUUGUUAUGACAAAGGACUGUCUACAUGGACUGGGAAUAAACCAUCCUUUCAUUUUGACCUGAUACUCUUGAAUACCUGGAUUCAGUGUCUUGUUCAACUGACAAAAUAGGACAUAGCAUAAAGAAAUAACCUGUUUCUGGAAUCUUAAUCAGAAACACAACAUGCAGUUCAUGUACAUGCAUGUUUUCACCUCAGCUGUAAUAACUAAUGAGGCUUGUUGUUAUACAGGACAGGUUUUCUUUUGGUGCCUUACUUUUUUGUCUUAAUUUUUGCCAGCAUGAAAAUUAAGUAUAAAUCAGUGAUACAGCAGGGAUUUGACCUAAGCAGUGGAAAAAAAACCAACAAACCCAAACCACAGGGUGGAUCAAUAUUAUUAGGAACCUUUAACCUUUGAAGUACUGAGUUCAACUUCCUAUUCAAACAUCUCUGUUCUUCCUUUUUGAUGCUCAAUUGCUUUUUGAUUUGCCAUCCUUAGGAAGGGAUUUAAGAAACAAUAGAGAGAUGUCUCUUGUAAACAAGCAUUCGAUGCUUGAGUGUUUCUAUGGCAACUGUCUGUUGCUGGGGCUCUUUUUUUUCCUUCUUCGUAUAAUGAAGUUCAUGAACCAGUGGCAUGUUUUAUACUAUAUUCUGUUUCAUUUAAUUUCUCUUUUUUAGAUUGCAAAAGCAUGCGGGAAUUUUUCUAUGACUUUUGCAGUUGAUUUAAGAAAGACAAGAAAAGAAAGCAAAAAGCACAAUAAUAAUAAUGUGGCGAUAAACGUGAUUUUAUCUGAAUGAAUGUAAGGAGUUUAAUCUUAAAAAAAGAAAAAAUACAAAACAUUUUGGAGAAAUGAGCUGAGAUUUCAGUGGCUAAGGACAACUUUUAGUCAUCCUGAGGUAGACUGUUGGCAAAAGUGUGCUGUUUAAAAUGCCCAAAAUACAUUAACCGGGGUUAGACCCAGAGUAUUAGAUCCACCAAAUUAAUUGGUUCCCACAGUCCCCGUAACAACUGGCAGGAUGUGCUUGGCAAAAUAGCCACAUCGAAGCUACAGCUGACUCAUAAUAGCUGCCUGUUGCCACAGCAUCAUGCAUCCAAGUGGCAUCUUCUCCACUUGGUUCUUAUCCAGAGGAUGAAAUUCACCUCUGUGCUGGGGGGGAGCGGCCAGCUUGGUGCAGGGCAUGAGGGUCCUUGGGGGAACACUGCCCUGGGCUGUCCCCAGCUUGGUGUUGGAGUCAGCCAGGUCUUUGGGUCAGAGACCUCCCACUCUGGGUGUCAUGGGUUCAGCCUGAGUCCUUCAAGGCGUUGUUAUUUUGGGAUAGCGUGCACACCCCACAGUCACAUUUGCAGACUGGACAGUUUUCAUGACUAAGCCCACUGGUCACAGGAAAAAGCUCCCCCGGAGCCACAGUGACCACAAAGAGAGGACAUAAUCCAAUGAUAACCUUUAUGUGGUCAGUUGAGUUGGACCUGACAAGGUUGUAAGGGUUAUCAUUGUGACGAAUGACAAAUAAAGAAAGUAUAAAUCCCACCUGAUUUCUCCAAGACAGAAGCUUUUUUAUUAAUAAUAAUAAUAUUAAAUAUAGAUCUCAUUCAUACAGUGUAUGAGUAGGAUCAUCAUUUAGACAUUUGUCCACAAGGACCAAUUUUUUUUAAAAAACUGAUUUUUUCUUGUGUUAUACCCAGGUAGUCUAGUAAUGUCUGCUCUUUUCCAAUAUUUGAUAAACACUUGAUGUUUAAGCUUAAAUACUAGAUGCUUGUAUACUAAUGUGUUGUUGUAGUAAAGUGAAAUUUCCUUGAUAUAUAUUUAUUAAAUUGACCAAAAGUCAUUUUAAUUUUA